AUAGCUCAGUUUCCGAACGCACGCCGCACCGACCAGACGCGUGGCGUGAUAAACAAAAUUACACCAUCUUGCCCCCAAAACAGUGGCUGUGAUAACAUAGUGAUAGUUUUUAUUGUAAGCUUAUUGGAACUUGUUAAGGUCAAAGCAGACAGAAAUGUUUAUAGACGAAAACGAAGUGCCGGAGUCAUGGUGGGUCUCCGCGGCGCUGAAGGCGAUCCGAGCGGUCGCUCUUGUGUUCGACGUGCUCACGUUCCCCGUGCACCUAGUGCUGCAGCGGCCGUGGCGCAAGAGGGCGCUAUCCCGCCGGAUCAAGGCCCGCAUAAUCCAAAACGGCAACGAUAGCGUGACCGUCCGCUCCGUGGCUGAGCCCACCGAGCUCCACCUCCGCAUGGUGCGCGACAAUGUCCUCACCAUGGAGGGCAUGCUCCGCGCCGCCGCCUCGCGCUGGGCAGACAAACCUUCACUAGGUACCAGGACGGUGCUAGGCGAAGAGGAUGAACCACAGCCUAACGGACGGGUCUUCAAGAAGUUCAAGAUGGGCACAUACAUAUGGCGCUCGUACACCGACGUGGAAGCCGAGGCGAGCAUGUUCGCGGCCGGCCUCAGGGAGCUCGGCUGCGCGCCGCGACGCAACGUCGUCAUGUUCGCCGAGACCCGCGCCGAGUGGAUGAUCGCCGCUCACGGCUGCUUCAAGCAGAGCAUUCCCGUGGUAACCAUUUACGCGACCCUCGGUGACGACGCCAUCGCUCACGGCAUCAACGAAACUGAAGUCUCGACCGUCAUCACCACACACGACCUGCUUCCCAAGUUCAAGAAAAUUCUGGCUAAAACUCCCCUGGUUGACACCAUUAUCUUCAUGGAAGACCAGCUAAAGUCGACUGAUACUAAGGGAUUCAAAGAAGGCAUUAGGAUUGUGGCCUAUAAGGAUGUUCUGGAAAAGGGAAAAUUCUCCAAAAUUGAGUCUGUCCCGCCAUCGGCCACAGACACGGCCAUCAUCAUGUACACGUCGGGCUCCACCGGGGCGCCUAAAGGCGUCAUCCUGUCGCACCGCAACAUGCUGUCCACUCUGAAGGCCUUUGUCGAUGCCGUACCCAUAUACGAAAGUGACGUGCUGAUGGGUUUCCUGCCGCUCGCGCACGUGUUCGAACUGCUCGCCGAGAGUCUCUGCAUCAUCGCCGGCGUCCCGAUCGGUUACUCAACUCCGCUGACCAUGUUGGACUCGUCGAGCAAGAUCAUGAAGGGUACGAGUGGAGACGCCACCGUACUCAAACCUACCUGCAUGACCACUGUACCUUUAAUCAUGGACCGCAUCAGCAAAGGCAUCACGGAUAAAGUGACCCGCUCCGGACCCAUGGCGGCUGCUGCCUUCAAGUGGGCAUACACAUACAAGCUCACGUGGAUGCGACGCGGGUACGACACACCUCUGCUUAACAAACUGAUGUUCUCCAAAGUGUCGGCUCUGCUCGGAGGGCGCAUGCGCUGCAUGAUCUCUGGUGGAGCUCCAUUAUCCCCCGACACGCACGCGCAGGUGCGCGUGUGCCUGUGCUGCGACGUGGUCACCGGCUACGGCCUCACCGAGACCACCUCCUGCGCCACCGUGGCCGACGCGCACGACCGAUCCACUGGUCGCGUAGGCGCGCCCACCACGGGCACCGACAUCCGCCUCGUGACGUGGGAGGAGGGCAACUACCGCGUCACCAACAAACCCUUCCCGCAGGGUGAAAUAGUUAUCGGCGGGGACAGCGUGGCGGAGGGCUACUACCGUAAUCCGGAGAAGACUCGCGAAGAAUUCUUUGACUUCGAAGGCCGCCGCUGGUUCCGCUCCGGAGACAUCGGGGAACUGCAUCAUGACGGCUGCAUCAAGAUCAUCGAUCGUAAAAAGGACCUGGUGAAACUACAAGCCGGUGAAUACGUCUCUCUCGGCAAGGUGGAGGCCGAACUCAAGACUUGCCCCAUCGUUGAGAACAUCUGCGUGUACGGAGACAGCUCCAAGAAUAACACCGUGGCGCUGCUGGUUCCUCAUCCUCAGCACCUCGCCGAACUGGCUGCCAGGGCCGGCGUCCAAGAGAAAGAAUUCGACAAACUGUGCAAGAACUCACUCGUGGAGAAGCUGGUGGUGAAGGAGCUGGCCGAGCACGCCAAGAAGUGCGGCUUGGAGCGUUUCGAGGUCCCGACGGCCGUGAAGCUGUGCACGGAGGUGUGGUCGCCCGACAUGGGGCUGGUCACGGCGGCCUUCAAGAUCAAGCGGAAAGACAUCCAGGACCGGUACAAGGAGGACAUCAAGCGCAUGUACGCCUCGUGAGGGGACAACUAGCCCCGCAGGGCAUGCACGUCGAGUGAGGGCACAACUAGCCCCCAAGGGGAUAUUGCACAGGGACGGGGGCGAGGUUAAACCUACAUUACAUGUUUCAUAUAAUAUCGUUAUGUCAUAAUAAUUGCUGGAGAAAUUCCUUGUCGCUGUUAUAAUGUUGUGUACAAAUGUAGUGCAUUAUUAUUUUUCAUCGUAUUUUCACGAAUACGUGUCUUGCUAUUUCAGUCGGUCUCGGUACAAAAAGUACUAAGGUUGACUGAAGUAGCGUGACAAAUACGAACGUUUCCGAGAAAAUACGAUGGAAAACAAUUAUAAAUGCACUAUAUCUGUAUGGACAUUUCAUACUUGGUAUCAAAAGUUGAAUGUCAGUUAAUAAUGUGGAUGAUUGUACUGUAAUAUCCAUGACGUUUUCAACCAAAAGGUACCACAUCGUCGCUUGUCGAUUAGGUUGAUUUCGAAUUAAAACUAAAUGGAAAUAGCGCCUUAUGGACAACCGACAAUAAGUACUCUUUUGGUUGAAAAUGGCACAUUUAAUUUAAUGACAUCCUCGAUUCAUUGUUAUAUUUUUUCAUAUUUUAUAUUUAGUAGCUAGAGAGCAAAUUCUACUAAUUCACAGUUAUCUAACUUAAAUUUGUGUGAAAAAUACUUAAACUGGGUUUAACUUUACGAUCGCCGUUUUGAUGCUAAAUCUAGUGUUCCCGUGACACCCUAGAUCUUUGAAAUCAAUAGUUUAUUCUCUAAUCAUCAUCAGAACACUAGACGUAGCUAUAGGAUACUUAAAUAUUGAAUCAGAUCAUCUGCUCACAUUUCUAUAUAAAAUAUUGCAAUAGACAUGUAAGUAGAUGAUUUGCUUAUAAAACUAGUUUCGUGUCAAACUAAUUAAUUCUUUACGAGAACACGGUACUCGCAUCCAGGGCGAGAUGUACCGGUUUUGCACCGGUACCGAUAAAUUACCGGUAAUUAUCUGCGGUACCGGAAACUCAACAAUUAGCCACGCGUCGGCAGGUCCGCGCUGUCUUGGCAAUUAGAAACCAUAAUUGUGACGUUUUCAACCAAAAGGUACCACAUUGUCGGUUGUCGAUAAGGUUGAUUUCUAAUUGAAGCUAUAUGGAAAUAGCGCCUUACUGACAAGCGGCAAUAAGUACCCUUUCGGUUGAAAAUGGCACAAUUUAGCAACGUCGUUAUAACAAAUGCUACUGAUCUCUAUUUCUUAUCAAUGGCAGCUUAUUUCAUGAAUCAAUGGAUUGUUUCAUACUGGUUCUGUAAUUGAAGACGAUUUUGUGACAGUGGGUGGGUGGGUUAUAUAUGCUCAUAAUGCAAGUUUCAUGAAAUUUAUGAAUUUCCCCAUUCAUUUUGCUGUUUACAAUUAUUUCAACAACACUCGGGGUUUUUGAACCAGACCUAUGAUAAAGAUCAGUAGUAAAUGGUUCCGUGCCUAUAGUCGGCGAUUUCUGUACAUAGAUGUUAUAGGUAAUAAAGAUUAUAAAGGAUACUAGAAGCGCCUCUGUGAGGCGACCGCUGUUGUAUUUAUUUAUUUCAAUCGGGAACGUUAAAUUACUCACGUGAUAAACGGCCCUCGAGACCGUUACGAACUGUACAGAUUUCUUCAAUGUAGUUUUGUAUUUUGUAAAUUAUUUAUGAAAAUAAUAGGUAGCUUAGCGGACCGACUAGGCCUCAAUUUUUUAUAGAAUUAUUUGUAUAUCGUGCAUCACAUUAUCUUUUUUAGAUAUGUAAACAUUUUAAAUAUUUUAUGCCAAAUACAGUGUGUUUAGAACGAAAUAGCAUCGUCGUGAAUACUGUUUAUAUCGGGGACCUAUUUUAUAACUAAAUAUUCGUUUGAUAAUUUUAGAUAUUUUCCAGUCAAAGUCCCUAGCAUUUUUAUGUCAAUUUGGACCCCAAGUAGGCAGGCAAAUUUACUUACGAUGAGAUCUCGUUCUAAAAUAGAAAUUACGCAUUUGAACCCACAGCACCAAACAUUCGCAGGAAUCUUCCUUCGGCUCUAAGUUUCUAUAUUAUAAUAAUUUUGAUAUAAGCGUUGUACAUAUUUAUGUCGAAAUAGUUUUAACGGUAGCAAUGCAACGUGCGUGAAUGGUCUCGAUAUACCUAUUGUAUACAUUGCAACCAUGUUCAGAGAUUUCAUGAGAUUUAUGUAUAUUUAAGACCCUCAUGUCAUAUUCAGAUCUGAAUCAUGUUGAGUGUGUGUGACUGUUUGGAGUUAGGUCUAAUAUUUAAGUUAUGUAGUCGUGGCAAUUAUAAAUCUUACUUGUAAUUAGGUGAAUAAAGUUUUUCAUGCAAUGCCAUGGUUACGGUCGCCUGGUUCACUUUAAAUCCUGGUUUUAUAGAAUUUAAAUUAACCAAACAUCCAUUUUUGUGGUAAUUAUAAUAUAAGCCCGGUAAUUAUAAUAUAAGCCCGGUAAUUAUAAUAUAAACUUGUAAUUAGGUGAAUUAAGUUUUUCAUGUCAGCCGUUGUCAUGGUUACGGUCGUCUGGUUCACUCAUUCAAUCCUGGUUUUAUAGAAUUUAAAUUAACCAAACAUCCAUUUUUGUGGUAAUUAGAAUAUAAGCCUUCUCCAACAAGCACGGUAAACUUGAUACGAGAGCAAAUUGCUACUAUCUGCCUGGCUGAUGGGACAGAAAAACAAAAAAUACUUUAUUAGCCCAAUUGUAUAAUUGCCACGACCAAUUUUGAGUUAUACACUGCUUUUCACUUCGACUGCGAGUAAAAUAUACAUACAAAAAUAUCCAAUAUUGUAGGUUAUUUUACCACAUUUAUUUAAGACUAAAGAAAAUAGUAUUCGGUUGCGUCUCGGUAAGAAUUUGGACUUUAUUGCUAACUCAAUAGGAGUCGUAAUAGAUGAUUUAACUUUAUAGUCUACGCACGACUUAAAGUCGAACUUUACGAGCAUGAGAAGUGAAAAAAUAUGAUUAGACCGCGCUCCGAAUCGACUCUAAAUAAAUACUGAAAUUCUUUAGAGUAAGUUAAUUGUUAUAGUACUAGGGGGGGCGGGAAUGUUUUGCUGCUGUUGAAAACUUUAAUAAUAAUUUUGCAAUAAUAGUUUCGAUUAGUUCGGGAUGUAGCAUGUAAUGCAUUAGUGUAGCUCAGUUGCGUUAUUUUAGCCAAAUUGUUUUAUGAUUUAGGGUCGUGGGCGUACGCCCUUAAAAUUGUUACUUAGUUUUACUUUUAUCAUGGCUAUUAUGCAUUUUCCUGGCGCAUUUUGCUGAGCAUUUACUCACCCCAGUUUGGUAUUUCGUAUAAUGGAAUUUAAAAAUCAAUGUAUACCCGUGCAUAGGAUAGGUAUAUGUUACCUAGCUGUACGCAUAUUCCAUCGAUGUAUUUAAUGUGGACAUGAUUGUUACUAUAAUAGGUAGCAUCAUAUUUUUCGAUGUAUUAUAAUCGUUUUGAAUAACAAAAUGGUAUUAGCAAGUUAUUGCUCAGUUUAUGUGACUGCAUUUUGUUUGAAAUUCUUAAAAUACAAAUAAAAAAAUAAAUGUUAAUAAAAUCAUUA